AACAUAUUGCGCCGAGUCGACCGACCUUGACGCCGCCGCCGCAUCUUAACUUGUGGGGGACCCGGCAUGCCUUCAAUGCCCGCUCCUAGGUACGCGGUGAUGUCCCUUUGAUCCCUAACGAAGAACCGCCGUUCCGGCCCCGCCCGUUCCGCCCGUUCCGCCCGUUACAUGUACCAUGCCUUUCCUCGAAAUGGUGUACACCGGCAAGGUUGACGGCCACCUCCUUCGGGGCUGUUGUAUCGAAGCCGACCGUGCCGACAUCGUCUCCCUCUACCUCGAGGGUCUCCGCAAUGCCCUCCCGGAUCACUUCCAUGCCCACAUGACCGCCCUCAUCGAGGAGAUCCAUUCCUCCUCCCGCGCCCUGCGAGACUUGGCCGAUCAAUCGCAGGCCCACCUCAGCCGCGUGCCCAUGAUGCUGAACUACCUCAACAUCGUGCUGCCCUGUCUGUCCAGGACGCUUCACGACAUCACGGCUUAUUACGAGGACAAGACCGUCUCCAAGGAGAUCCGCUGGCGUAGAAUGUACAACAAAAUGAAGGAUGAGGUGGGAGGGCUGCCCCUCCCGCAGCGCUUCUUGAUAUAUAACCACUUCCUCGGCAUGCUCAAGUUGCUUCUCACCAGGUCGCCCAACUUUGACCUCAACGCUCUUGACUCGCUUCGGUCGCGGAUUAUGCAGUUGCGGGAAGCCAGAGGGAUAUGCCCGCCUUCAGCCCAGGUUGGCCCGGUCAUUCCUCCGGAGAUGAUGGCCGUGAUCGGUCCCGUGGACACAGAUCCUAAUGCCCAUUGGGCUGAGCAGAUCUUCUCGCUCCCCCUCCCUUCGCGAACGGCCCUCAAACAUAUCAAGCCGUCCACAUCUUGGGGCCUUUCGAUGACGAUCGCCUUUCUCUCGUGGUCUAUCUCAAUCUCGCCAACCAAUGCGCCUUUCUCCUUAUCCGCACCUUCCAUAUGAACACGCCAUGGUUUUCCCUGAGAGGGGCCCACGAGCUCUGCAUUCAUCGCGAGGGCAGCGCGCUUCAGCUCCGCCGUUGGAGCCAGACCGCACAAUGUUCCAAACCAUGGGCGUCACUCUACUUUCAGACGUGGGAAGAGAUGGUCCUCUUCCACA